AUAGAUAGAUAGAUAGAAAGGUGGCUCCUGUGCGCAUGUUUCGUUUUGAUCCCACAUACCUAAAACUCCAGAAAUUGAUCAGAAUGGGAGAAGCUGGUCAACCAAAGGAGGGAGAAUCCACAAGGCCUCUAGUUAGUGGUGGAAGUGGGGAGAGUGUGCCUGCAUCACAACUGUUUACUUCUUUACCAGCUCUCAAUGAAGCUGCUUCUUAUAUAAACCAAGCUACCUCUUACCUUGGGAGCUGUUUCUCUGAUUAUUCUGUGGAAUAUGGGGGUCAAGGUUCGUGUAAUUCUAUUUCCCAACCCCAUGAGUUGCUACGAUUAACAUCAGGAGCUGAUGGGAGUUCACCUGUAAGCGUAUGUGUUACUCCUGGUCAACGGUGUUCAACUUCUUCAGAGGCGUCUACUUCUACUGCAGCCAAUAGUCCAUCAAGGGAGUCUACCGAGACUCUGUCUCAGUCAUCAAAUGCAAUUGUGACAUCGAAUGGAGUAGGAGGUUUUUAUGGAAUUUCCAUGUUCCAAGGGCUCAUUGAGCGGGCACGAAGGACUGUCCGUGGCUCGGCAGAUGACAUAGGAUGGUUACAGCGUGACCCUGAGAUGCCUCCUGUUGAAGAUGGAACUGAUAGGUUCAAUAAAAUCCUCGAAGACAUCGGGCAUGGUGUACACAGGCUUCCAAAUACGCUGGUUUAUUUGUUGGUUCCAGGUCUUUUCAGCAAUCAUGGACCUCUAUAUUUUGUGGAUACGAAAACGAAAUUCUCAAAAUUGGGUUUGGCUUGUCAUAUUGCAAAGAUUCACAGUGAGUCUUCGGUUGAGAAGAAUGCGAGAGAGAUAAAGGAAUACAUAGAGGAACUCUGUUGGGGUUCUAAUAAAAAGGUUCUACUUCUUGGGCAUAGCAAAGGAGGUAUAGAUGCAGCAGCUGCUUUAUCACUAUACUGGCCUGAUCUUAAGGAUAAAGUCGCUGGAUUAGUAUUAGCACAGAGUCCAUACGGUGGAAGCCCAAUAGCUACAGAUAUCCUCCGCGAGGGACAACUCGGUGAUUACGUCAAUUUGAGAAAGCUCAUGGAGAUUAUGAUCUCCAAAGUCAUAAAGGGUGACAUUCAAGCUUUGGAAGAUUUAACUUACGAGAGGAGAAAACAAUUCUUGAAGAAUCAUCCGCUCCCUCGAGAACUCCCCACGGUUUCAUUCCGCACAGAAGCUAGCAUUAGCCCAGCGGUUCUCGCUACUUUAUCACACGUGGCACACGCUGAGCUUCCCCUCACGAACCAAGCCACGAAACUCCCAGUGGUAAUGCCACUCGGUGCUGCAAUGGCUGCUUGCGCUCAGCUGCUCCAAGUCAGAUACGGAGAAAAGAGUGAUGGGCUUGUGACUUGCUGCGACGCAGAGGUUCCUGGCUCCGUGGUGGUUAGACCAAAGCGUAAACUAGACCAUGCGUGGAUGGUUUACUCGUCGUUGAACGAGGUUCCUCUAGAAGCUGAUGCUGCUCAAGUCUGUGAAGCUCUCUUGACUUUGCUUGUUCAAGUUGAGGAAGAGAAGCAACGUAAAGCCGCUACGAAAAACGAUUGAUUCUUCUACCACACAAAUAAAACUUACACUGUGUUCUUUCUACUUUGGUCUCUCUCACGGUUAGCACACUAUGGUAUAUGUAUGUCAUUGUAUUGGUGUGAUUUUAAUGUUGAUUAAUUCUAGUUCUACGAUUUGUUUUGUGUUAUUACCGAAGAUUUUAUUUAAGUGCUUAAGAGGCAUUAAUUAACGAG